AUGAUGAAGAUGCGGAGUUGGACCUCGACCUUACUCCUGGCGUCCAACGAGGACGACGUGUCAAACCGUCUACAAGCAGACUGGCAGCGCGGUGAAGCAAGACCCGGCAUGUCACGUUCAGCUCGCCCUCGAACUGGAUUGGAACAAGCAAGUGCGCGGAACACGUCUCAACCGUCACCAGAAACGACGAUCAAAGUGCUCCAGAAACGAUGUCUGAUGACGAAGAAGAUGCGAGCGUCCACGAUCAAGAUGACGACUCGACACCUCCAACAUUUUGGCGUGCAAGUGCAAACGUAA